GAUCAAUACUACUGAGCUCUAGUCAUGCCAUCCUACUUCGUGACAGUGGCGACGGGAACUCAAUGGUUCGCAGGGACCGACGACUAUAUCUACCUUACCUUGGUGGGCUUAGCCGGCACGAGCGAGAGACACCUGCUUGACAAGCCCUUCUAUAAUGACUUCGAGCGCGGUGCUACUGAUACUUAUGAAGUUACAGUGACAGAGGACUUGGGGGAAAUCCAAUUGAUAAAAAUUGAAAAGCGGAAGUACUGGUUUCCUGAUGAUUGGUACCUUAAAUAUAUCGCUGUGAAAACACCAGUUGGUGAUUACCUGGAGUUUCCAUGUUACAGGUGGAUUACAGAUGAAAAAGAGGUGGUUCUCCGAGAUGGUCGAGCCAAGCUUUUUGAAGAUGAGAAAACUCAAAUCCUUAAGCUUCAAAGACGUAAGGAAUUGGAAGAACGGCAGAAGUUGUACAAAUGGACAGAAUGGCAGCCAGGUUUUCCUUUGAGCAUAGAUGCCAAGUCUCAUAAGGAAUUGCCUCGCAACAUCCAAUUUGACAGUGAAAAGGGAGUCGACUUUAUCUUGAAUUACACCAAAGCAAUAGAAAAUCUCUGUAUCAAUCGUUUCAUGCAUAUGUUCCAAUCCUCCUGGAGUGACUUCGCAGAUUUUGAGAAGAUCUUUGUCAAAAUAAGUAAUACAAUAUCUGAAUAUGUAAUGCAGCACUGGCAAGAAGAUUUUAUGUUUGGAUACCAGUUUCUGAAUGGCUGCAAUCCUGUAUUAAUUAAAAAAUGCAUAGAACUACCAAAAAAGUUCCCAGUGACCACAGAAAUGGUAGAAUACAGUUUGGAGAGAAAUCUAACUCUGGAGCAGGAAAUAAAGCAAGGAAAUAUUUUCAUUGUGGACUAUGAACAACUGGAAGAUAUUGACGUCAAUAAGACAGACCCCUGCACAGUACAGUAUUUGGCUGCUCCUAUCUGUUUAUUGUAUAAAAAUUUAGAGAAUAAAAUUCUCCCUAUUGCAAUUCAGAUAAAUCAAGCUCCUGAACCAUGCAAUCCUAUUUUCCUUCCAUCUGAUGCUAAAUAUGAUUGGUUAUUAGCCAAAAUAUGGGUACGUUCUUCUGAUUUCCAUAUACAUCAAACUGUGACUCAUCUGCUUCGGACUCACUUAGUUUCAGAAGUUUUUGCAGUGGCUAUGUUCCGACAAUUGCCUGCGGUCCAUCCUCUCUUUAAGCUCCUGAUACCUCAUGUACGAUUUACAAUAGCUAUAAACACCAAAGCUCGAGAGCAACUUAUCUGUGAAUAUGGACUUUUUGACAAGGCAAAUGCCACUGGAGGAGGUGGGCAUGUGCAAAUGGUCCAGCGAGCAAUGGAACAUCUUACCUACAGCUCUCUCUGCUUUCCUGAAGAAAUCAAGUCAAGACAUAUGGAAAGCCAUGAGGAUAUUCCAUACUACUACUAUCGGGAUGAUGGAGUAAAAGUAUGGGAUGCAAUCAAAAGUUUUGUGACAGAUAUUAUUAAUAUUUAUUAUGGAAGUGACGAAGCAGUGUGUGAAGACUUGGAACUCAAGGCUUUUGUGAAGGACAUCUUUGUCUAUGGGAUGAGGGGCAACAAGGAUUCAGGAUUUCCUAAGGCAAUUAAGACACGGGAAAAGCUUUGUGAAUAUCUUACCAUAGUGAUAUUUACAACUUCAGCACAACAUGCGGCUGUAAAUUUUGGUCAAUAUGAUUGGUGCUCCUGGAUUCCAAAUUCUCCUCCAACUAUGCGCUGCCCACCACCUACAGAAAAGGGGAAAACCACCAUUGAAUAUAUCAUCAAGAGUUUACCUGACAGGGGACGGUCUUGUUGGCAUCUUGGUGCUGUUUGGGCUUUGAGUCAAUUUCAGGAAAAUGAAGUGUUUCUGGGAAUGUAUCCAGAUGAACACUUCACAGAGAAGCCAGUGAAAGAGGCCAUGAGGAAAUUCCGCAAGAAUCUUGAUGGAAUUACGGGUUACAUUGCUGAACGUAAUAGGAACAAAAAACUUCCCUAUUAUUAUCUUUCCCCAGAUCAAAUUCCUAAUAGUGUGGCUGUCUAAUUGUUUUUGAAAAUUAAGAGUUAAUGUAGGAAAAUUAUCUGAAGGAUUUUAAAAAAUUAUAACCAUCUGUCCAAUAUGGUAUAGGAUCUCCUGCUUGAGCAAAUGGUUGGAUUAGAAGACCUCCAAAGUCUCUUCCAACCCUAUGUUUGUUUUAGAAAGUACUUCUAAAAAACUUGCUACUUUUCUACUAUCUUUUAAGUAAAAUACUAUAAUGGCUUAAUAUUGCUGAUUUUUAAAAUAAUAUACUUUGUAAAUGCUAUAGAGAGCAAAUCUUAUUUGACACUGACCAUCAAAUAUUUUAAAACUACCCAGCAAGUAUAACCAGCAUAAUCAGUGGGAAAGAAACCAAAAAUAGCAAUAUUUCAAGGGCACAGUUCUCACGCUCUUUUUGUUUCUUUACUGCAGAUGUGAAAACCAGUAAUGAUAUGCAUUAACACUAACACAUGCAUAAAAUGCUUCUGUCAUCAUUGUGUCUUUUUAAUGAAAUUAAAGAGUACUAGCUUUUAAUGCAGCAUACUUUUGCCACAUUUAAGAACUCAUUUCAGAAUUAUCACUAUAGAAUGGAAUGGAAUAGAAAAGAAUAGAAAAUAACAGAAUAGAACAGAACUUUAUUGUCACUUUACACUUACAUAUGUACAUUUAGAUAUGUAACAACUAUCUUUUCAAAUACCCGGAGGUAUCUCAUUGUACAAGACAGAUCUCAGAAUUGGUGGUAGAAUUCAAUUCAGCCAGAAAAGUUAAGUUUUGACCCAGACGUCCAAUUUAUAAAAGAAACAUAUACUCAUGUUCCUUUAGUUGUAUAAAGCAGAAAGAAAUAGUUCAUUUUUGGACCCACGUUUUCUCUGCAGAGUUAACUCAAGCAUAUAAGAGGUGCUGUAGAACUGAAAUGAGUCAGAAAACUUGGGUUUCGAGGAAAAGUUCAAAUGUGUUCAAAUGUGUGAAAGAAACAUAUUCAUGUUCCCCUUGCUGUAAAAAAGCUUAAAAUCUACAUCUUCUCAUCUCGGUGGUAGAACUCAAUUCAGCCAGAAAAGUUGAGUUUGACAGUUAGCUCAGAU